CUUAAUUCGAACUACAUAUGUAUAACUUACCAAGCAGUACACGAAAGCCUUAUACUUCAACCUCAAAUCCACUGUAAUAAUAAUCAGAAACUAAUACAUCAUCAAAAUGAACUCAAAACUGAUUUUUAUUAUUCCACUCGCCUUGAGUUUAAGCUUCUUGCCCGAAGUUGGCGGAGUACCUGUAGAAAACGAUCUUCCAGGUGAAAUAGCAUUGGCCAAUAACUCGAUUGCUAUACAAAAUUCCACUAGCUGGGCAACAACCUUGCUGGAAAUGCGGCAUCCAAUUUGGGGUCGUGUAUAUAGGAUUCCACAAUAUCUAAGACGUCUUAAGGGCGAAAUGGAAACGGAAUUGCGGGGUAAGAUUGUACCCAAAUUUCCAAAGUGGCCACUUUUUUUCAAGGUUACAGUGGAGCCAACCAAACCCGUUGAUAUGGUCAAUUUAGAGAACCACAUUGGGGAGGUCGAACCACAUCAAAAUGUAGGAAGUUUGAAGUUAAUGCGCAUGCUGAUCGAACAUGUUUGGAGGGAUGCCAAGGCCCUUAUAAAGAAGGACAUGAAAGGAAAAGUCGAUGGGGUUUAGAUGAUUUCAAAUGAGUGGAAAUUGAUGAACAUUUUUUGAGAAAACAGUUUUAUUUCGAAUUCAGUUUUGGACGAUGGACAAGUCAAGAUAAGAAGAGAAAAAGAAGUAUCCAAACUAUUAAAUGAAAAUGAAAAUUUGUAGAGGAAGCCGGAAGAAAAUAAAGAUUAACGUGAGCACAUUGUCCAGAUUAAAUAAAAUAUUCCAACAUAAAAGAGCUAUAAAAGAAGUUUGCACUUCCCAAAUAAUAAACAACAACAGAUAAGGUA